GAGGAGACCCUCGCGAUUCAGGUGCAGGAGUUCCUGGACGGCUGGGAGUUCCGGAUCAUGCGGUCGUCGCUCGGGAAGGCGUGGAAGCGCGAUAAGGCCAUAUCCACGGCGCUGGACCUGAUGGCCGUGAACGGGGUCCCCCUGUCCAGGGACGAGAUCGACUUCAUGUCGCGGGCGGACGAGCGCACGCUGGUCGGGCUGCUCACGGACAAGAUCCCGCCGACCAUGUGGGACAACUUCGAGAUCCUGACCACGGAGCUCACGGUGAUGCUGAACACCAUGUGUCGGGUCCGAACCGCCUUAGACGAGGAGGACGAGUCCGUGGCCCAGAUCAUCGAGGAGACCGCCGAGUCCGACACGAUGGUGCAGCGCAUCGUGAAGGAGUCGGUGGUGCUGGCCAGCAGGGAAGCGGCGUGCCUCGCGGAGCGGGGCGCCGCCUGGCGGGCGAGCAUGGACAAGCGGCUGGAGCGCCUCGAGAGCUCGGCCAGGUAUGCGGAGUACGCCCGGCAGCAGCUCAUGGCCGUGGAGAACCAGCUGGGCACCAUCACGGCCAGCCAGAGCAGCAAGAACAAGUCGGCGCUCAUGGGCCUCGCCCAGGGCAACGACAGGGCCCUGCUGAAGAGCACCCUCAGCAGCUGGCUCGGGGUCACCCUCGGCAGCAAGGCCGACAGGGAGGUCCGGCAACGGUACGAGCGUGAGCUCAAAGACUCUGAGGACGCCCUCUUCGCGUUCAUGGAGAAGAGGCUGGUGGGCGUGAAGGACGCCCUCAUGCGAAAGGUUCGCGAAAGCGACCGCGGUUUGGUGGACCUCUGCAUCAGCAGCUGGUACGACGUGAUCCAGCUGUCCAAGAAGGAGGGCGACACGAAGAAGGCCAUGGAGGAGAUGGAGGCGAGGAUGCGGGACUUCCAGGGCGAGCAGAAGGCAAGGCAGAUGAGGUUCGUGGGCCGCAUGCUGGAGGAGAACAGCCAGGCCGCCCUGCUGCUCGCCUGGCAGACCUGGCAGGCCUUCCACCGGGACUACGCGAAGGACAAGGAGAUCGAAGAGGCGUCCAAGAAGCUGGAGCAGCAGAUGGCGGCGCACAUGAAGAGCAAGAAAGACGACGCCAAGAAGGUGCUGGACAGGAUGGGCGGAGCCACGGACACGGGCCUCAUGACGCAGGUGUGGCGGUGCUGGCUCGUCGUUGUGGCCGAGGGCAGGAAGUCCAAGGACAUAGAAAAGCUGAUGGAGGAGCAGGACGUGCGGCUGAAGCUCAUGCUGACGAACCAGAAGGGGUUCGCGACGCAGGCGCAGAUGAGGACGAACGAGCAGAUGAACCAGAACCUCAUCCUGCGGGUUCUGGGCGCGUGGAUGCUCGAGACGAAGGUCACCCACGUGGAGAAGAGGUACAGGGAGAAGAUCGACAGCAAGCGGGACCAGCUGCGGAAGGUGCAGACCCUGUUCACGAGGUUCGCGAAAGAGCUCGAGGACGGCCUGACCCCCGCCGACGGCGAGUCCUCCGGGCGGACCCAGAAGGGCCGCUCCAAGCAGCAGCGGGGCGUGGACGGCUCGCUGCCCGGCAUCCGCGGCGCCCACAGCCGCUCGUGAGGGCGCGAGCCGCCUCCCUGGCGCUGUCUGCGCUUGGUUCCAUCCUCCCCCCCUUUCGGGGUGCGGGCCAAGCGGGUCGAGCUCUGGGCGUGUUUGAUCUUCUGGUGGCGGCGGUGGUGGAACACAGGCCAAGCACCGAAGGGCCCCCCGCAGGGGUCGACCGCGUGGUCGACCGCCUCGCCUCCCGCAGUGGUCUCCGGCAGCGGCCUCUCUCGCGUGGGUCCACCUCGCGCGCCGAGGGCCUCGGGCCGCGCCCGCCGCCGGCCGCCGCCGCAGCCCGCGCCUCCCGCCGGGAACUGCCCCCGGCCCGGGCCAGAAAGUUCCGGGACGGCAGAAGUCGACGACACGUAAGUCGGGCCUGUCU